CUCAGCCUUAAGUCGCUGCUGUGGGCAUCAGUCCUGAUCCGCGCCACACCGCACCGCCCAGUACCCAGAACCUGGUUGCGCCUUCUGCCGCGCGCCGCCAGGUCCCGCGAUCUCGCUGUUCUUGACAAGGAGCAAAUCGCUGGUCCCGCACCGGAGUCCCAGAUGGCUUCAGUGACUGAUGGUAAAGCUGGAGUCAAAGAUGCCUCUGACCAGAAUUUUGACUACAUGUUCAAACUGCUCAUCAUUGGCAAUAGCAGUGUUGGCAAGACCUCCUUUCUCUUCCGCUAUGCGGAUGACACCUUUACCCCAGCCUUUGUCAGCACCGUGGGCAUCGACUUCAAGGUGAAGACAGUUUAUCGUCAUGAAAAGCGAGUGAAGCUGCAGAUAUGGGACACAGCUGGGCAGGAGCGGUACCGGACCAUCACCACAGCUUAUUAUCGUGGGGCCAUGGGCUUCAUUCUGAUGUAUGAUAUCACCAAUGAGGAGUCCUUCAACGCCGUCCAAGACUGGGCUACUCAGAUCAAGACGUACUCCUGGGACAAUGCACAGGUUAUCCUGGUGGGAAAUAAGUGUGACAUGGAGGAAGAGAGGGUUGUUCCCACUGAGAAGGGCCGGCAACUUGCAGAGCAGCUCGGGUUUGACUUCUUUGAAGCCAGCGCCAAGGAGAACAUCAAUGUGAGACAGGCCUUUGAACGCCUGGUGGAUGCCAUUUGCGACAAGAUGUCUGACUCACUGGACACGGACCCUUCCGUGCUGGGCACCGCUAAGAACACUCGCCUCUCAGACACCCCACCGUUACUGCAGCAGAACUGCUCAUGCUAGGCAAGGCCCCUCCUCUCUCUGUCCUCUCAUAAUGGCCCCACACCCACUGUUUCCUUUACCACACUAUGUCCGCCCUACCCCUGAGCAAGCUGAGUUGCCUACUGUUCUUUGCCUACAGUGGAGGCUGAAGCAUGCCCCUGGGGUUCUCUUCAGUGGCCCCACUCAAGAUACUCAGCACUAGACUAACACAGGUCACAUUUUGGGUGGAAAUUCACUUUACAAAAGAGGAUUCCAUUUUACGAAGGGGAUUCACUGUAAGGACUUAGAAAAUGAGUCUGUCUCUUGUCUGCUUUUAAUAUUUCCUUCAUGUAUACACCCGCACAUACACACUUUUCAGGCCUGGUCAAUGGUGUAUAAAGUGAGACCCACCUGUAGAGAUAAUCCUAUUAAAGAAAACCUCCCAAACAACAACAUGCUUGUUUCAUAUCAAGCUCCCAGUGGGGCCUCCUCUCACUGCAAGUCAAGCUUUGGCUCUCAGAGCCCUAUGCCAGUUACCACAGAUGCCCGCAGGGCCUGGGAAGUUGCUGUGGUGACAGGCCAAAGCUAAUCUCCAGAGAGCUCAAACUCUCUAAUGAUGCUGAAGGAGCUAAGGCUGAGUCAGAAACACACUUAAAAGAAAAAGAUUAUCCCCUGCAAAAUGUCAAAGGUUCCUGCUAUAUGAAAGAGCAAGCAAGCUCAAGAAAGACAAAGAGAAAAGGAAAAAAAAAAAAACCACAAACAAACACAAACAUGAAGAAGCAGAUCAUGAAUUGCUGACUGUGCUGUUUUCCAGUUGGCUCCAACUAUGAGAACAGCAACCAUAGUUACCCAUAUUAGUCUCUGGUUCUUAGACUACCAGAAUGGGAUCCUAAAUUUUAUCUAGUUUGAUUGGUCAAUUCCAAUCUUUAUAUCCUGGACAAAUAGCUGCCAGGCCUCACAACCAACCUCUUUGUUCUAAAGCAUAUAUUCUAGGUAGGGACCAGAGCUCAUUGUCCAUACCUUUUCAGACAGCUCUUAUAAUUAGAAAGUUUUCACUCCUUUAAAGUAAAAUCUGCCUCCUGGAAAUUCUUUCUCUUUCUAGCCCAUUUGUAAAGCUCUGUUGUCAGAGACCUUGCAUCUAUGCUAUCUCUGCAUUGUACACCUUAGAUGAUUUGAGAACAGAAAUCAUGAACCCAGGGAUCUGCCCUUUUCCGAAGUCAAAAAGUUAUAAUUCCAUUUGCCAGUCUUCAUAGGUGUUCUCCUAAUCCCACCUUUUCCUCCAACCCAUCUUUCAAUAAUUACUGAAUUAUUCAACUCAUUAAUGUAAUUCAAAGCAGAAUAAAUCUACGAAGGGAAAACUGAACUUAGAGAUCCCAAGCCUAACCUCAUUCUCUUGGGAGUGAAAUCUUAGUUUUUACAAAGAUUUUACAAAGAUGGUACGUGAAAUUACUCCUAGCAUAAAGCGCCUUAGUCAAACAUGAACCAAACCAAACCAAACCAAACAAAACGAAAAAAUACCCCUCAGACCCCAGAGGCAAACUGAAUGGAGUAAAUCAUGAUUCUAGCUUAUAUGGACAUGGGCAUACAUCUGGGUUUUAGCUCAAAUAAUGUUAUGAGAUCAGUGAUGAUUCCUGAGAAUCAUUCCACCUGGCCCUGGCCUGAAUCCCCAGCUAACCUGCACUGUCAUGUCUCCUUAAAAGUUGGGGAGGGAGGGAAGAUGAAGAGUUUUAACCAAGUUUUCUCUCCUGAAUUCAGAAGCAAAUAAUUUUUCCAGUAAAUUACAAUAACUAGCAAUAGGUCCAAGAACCACAUAAAAUGGCCGUUUGGAGAUUGCUGUUCUUUGAUACAGUACAGAGGAUGGAGUUUUGGACUUGGAAUCAGACCUAGACUCUACUCUUAAACUAGUGUGACUCUGGACCAACUACUCCUCAUCUCUGAAUCUUGAUUUCCUACUUAUAAAAUGGGGGAGAGUUAUUUGGAUAAUCUUUAAGUUUCCUUUUGGCAUCACUAACUCUUGUGUCUUUUUUUCACUUGCAUAUUUCAUCUGUAGUUAUCUGCAAAAUGAACCCAAGAGAUGAGGUUUAUCACACCAAUUGUAUUGUAGCUGCUACUAAUGUCAUAUUCUGUGUUAGGCAUUGUUGCAAGCAUUUCAUGUGUAUUAACUAAUUUUUCCUCCUAAUGUCUUUAGACAGGAGGUCCUAUAAUCAACAUCAUUUAAAGAUGAGGAAACUAAGGUAGUGUAAGAUUUAGCUUGCCUAAAGAUUACAUGGUAUAGCUGGGGCUCAAAUCCAAGGUCUGUACUCUUAAACCACAUUCUAUGCUACAUUUCUUAUAGAUGAUUCAAAGAGAUUAAGAGACUUGGUCUGGAUCACACUGCCAGGAAUCAAUCCUAAGGCUGUCAGGUGUCAAGUUCACUGGAAAAAAAGGCUUAUGUCUUUAAUCUGUGAACACAUUGGGCAGUUUUUAGACUAUAAUGAGGUAAUGGAUCUUUAACAAUUCUGGAAAGGAGAGUCAGCCUCUGAGGCAACCAGGUCCCAAGGGUGAAUAACAUAACUCAGGCCCAAAUACUGACUGUGCCUGUAUCUGCCUCUGUCAGGCAUUUCUUACUUAGCUGUCAAGUGAUGCUUUAAGGGGUCUCCCCACUCUAACAUUGGGGCACUUGGGAAGAGUGAUUUGAUUUCUCCAAUCACAGAAGAAUGUGGUCCCUUCACAAUGGAGUUAUUCUGGGUGUGAUUCUACACUGUAAAAUCUAAAGGUCAAGAAAAGUUAAUAUUUUUCUGAGUGGUAACAUCCAUUUAUCCUAGUACAAGUAUUUUAUGUUAUUUAUGACUCCUGGACAUUUUAGUAUCUACUAAUCUUUUUUCUCCUCUUGAAUAUCCAGGUAAAGACUGAAGUGUUUAUUUUGAAAGCUGUCAAAUUCUUUAAAACUCAGGAGCCAGCUUAAGGGAGAAAGCUUCUUCACAACAGAUGGAAUUGAGUUAAGUGUAAUAGUGACAAAAUCUUCUACACGGCAGCAAACAGAACUGUUUGUUAGAUGGCGAUUUCCCAGCCCUAGUCUGUGACCUGGUUUCUGCCGAGUGGAAGGCAGCAGCCUCCAGCUGACUCAAGAGCAAUGUUCAUCAAUCACAGUAAUAGAGCAAUUAGCCACCAAGGUUGAAGCCGCAUAACAUGUGUUAGUGGCAACUUGUCCUGAUUUUUGUCUUGUUUGAUAAUCCAAAUAAAAGAAGAUUAAAAAAAAAAAGACUUCUAAAGAGGCAAAUGUAGGCCAAAAGUGUGAUACAGUAUUGUAGUUAUUUACAGAAUCUGUUUUAAAUGCAUGUGUAUCUGUAAAUAUAAAGUAAUCUGUGACUUCUUAUUGUCUCUUCAGUAUGUAGCAUUAUUAACUUCUAGAAGCAGCAACUGGGUAGAGUAUACUGAAUGGUGAAGGACUCAUGGAAUAUUAGAUAUGGAAGGCAACUAAGAAGAUCUUGGUCAGGUUCCUCACUUGACACAAAGGAAGUUCGAGAGCUAAGGACAAAGAGGAAAUUCCCUAUAGUCACUCUGAGAGUGCAAUAGGGAUGGAGUCAAUAUUAGGUUCUGGAUCAUCUCUAAGAAGAAGAAAUACACCUACCCUCUAUCUCCUAUGGACCUGGCAUUAUUAAACACUGUAUAAACA